AUGUCUGUUGUAGCUAUAUCAGCCUGUUUCUAUCUAUCUAUCUAUCUAUCUAUUUAUCUAUCUAUCUAUCUCAAUAUGGUCAUAUCUAUCUAUCACAUUUUCUUCAUAUCUGUCUAUCAAUAUUUUCAUAUCUAUCUAUCUAUCUAUCUAUCUAUCUCAUUUUCUUCAUAUCUCUCUCUUUCUAUCUAUCUUAAUCUGUUCGUAUCUAUCUAUCUAUCUCGGUUCAUAUCUAUCUAUCCAUCUCAUUUUCUUCAUAUCUCUCUCUUUCUAUCUAUCUAUCUAUCUAUCUAUCUAUCUAUCUAUCUAUCUAUCUAUCUUAAUCUGUUCAUAUCUAUCUAUCUAUCUAUAUAUCUGAUUUUCUUCAUAUCUCUCUCUCUCUUUCUAUCUAUGUAUCUAUCUAUCUAUCUAUCUAUCUUAAUCUGUUCAUAUCUAUCUAUCUAUCUCAGAUUGACCGUCCUCCUGAUUGACCGUCUCACUCCUGUUAAGGAACUCCUCCUGAUUGACCGUCUCACUCCUGUUAAGGAACUCCUCCUGAUUGACCGUCUCCUCCUGUUAAGGAACUCCUUCCUGAUUGACCGUCUCCUGUUAAAGAACUCCCUCCUGAUUGACCGUCUCACUCCUACUUUCACAUCCUCUCUCUCUCUAUCUCUCUCUAUCUCUCUCUCUCUCUCACACACACUCUCUCUCUCUCUCUCUCUCUCUCUCUAUCUCUAUCUAUCUAUCUGUCUAUCUAAGUCUGUUUAUAUCUAUUUAUGUAUGUAUUUAUCUCGGUCUGAUCAUAUCUAUCUAUCUAUCUAUCUAUCUAUCUAUCUAUCUAUCUAUUCAAGUUUGUUCAUAUCUAUGCAUCAUUACAAUUUUCUCUUUUUUCUACUAAACGACUUUCAAAUCCUCUUUUUCUCUUUCUCUCUCUCUCUCUCUCUCUCUCUCUCACUCACUCACUCACUAUCUAUCUAUCUAUCUAUCUAUCUAUCUAUCUACCUAUCCAAGUCUGUCCAUAUCUAUCUAUCUAUCUAUCUAUCUUCUCUAAAUCGAUAUAUAUUCUUUUCUUGCUCAAUACAUCUUUUUUCUUCAUUUUAUCUCCUUUUUCUUUCACUGAUUGUCCUUCCCACAAUUGACUAUAUUCGCUUUUCUUUCUUUUUCUCUUUUUCUUUUCUCUCUUUCUCUUCUGAAGAUUCAUUUUGUUUACUUUCUUUCUUUUCCUUCUUUACUUUGAAUAUUUACACAUCUAGUUUUCUAUUUUCUAUUCGUCAUCAUCCUAAAAUUUGUCUCUGCAAAAUAUUUCUAUUCUUGGCAUCAUUGCAAUUUUCUCUCUCUUUUACUCAACAACGUGCUCAUUCCCCUAUCUAUCUAUCUAUCUAUCUAUCUAUCUAUCUAUCUAUCUAUCUAUCUAUCUAUCUAUCUAUCUCGGUCUGUUCAUAUCUAUCUUUAUAUUUCAUUUUGUUCAUAUCUAUCUACUGCUUUCGAAAUGUGUACGUAUCUACCUAUCCAUCUAUCUAUCUAUCUAUCUCGGUCUAUUCUUAUCAAUCUAUCUAUCUAAUUCACCCUGUUCAUAUCUAUCUAUCCAUCUACCUACCUACCUAUUCUCCUUUCAAUAUCUAUCUAUCUCAUUCAAUUACUAUCUAUCUAUCUAUCUAUCUUAGUCUAUUCAUUAUCUAUCUAUCUAUCGUUAUCUGCGCGUAUCUAUGUAUCUAUCUGGGUCUGUUCAUAUUUAUCUAUCUAUUUCAGUCUGUUCGUAUGUAUUUAUCUCGGUCUGUUCGUAUCUAUCUAUCUAUCUAUCUAUCUAUUUCAGUUUGUUUGUACCUAUCUCUCUAUCUAUCCAUCUACCUACCUAUUCUUCUUUCAAUAUCUAUCUAUCUAUUUAUCUCAUUCUAUUAUUAUCUAUCUAUCUAUCUAUCUCAAUAUGGUCGUGUCUAUUGUAGCUGUAUCAGACUGUUUCUUUCUUUCUAUCACAGUCUGUUCAUAUCUAUCAUUACAAUUUUUUCUCUCUUUUACUCAACCACGUACUCACUUCCUAUCUAUCUAUCUAUCUAUCUAUCUAUCUAUCUAUCUAUCUAUCUCCUUUCAAUAUCUAUAUAUCUAUAUAUCUGA